AUGGGCUCCUUACCAGCUUCAACCAGCACUGACCCUCCCAAAGGGGCCUCACAGUCUCCUUCAGAGGUUACAUACCAUGGUAACACUUACAGUAUUGCGAGGGAAGGAGCGGCGGAGAUACUCGAUCUAAAGCGAGAAGCGGACCCUAAAGCUACGAAGAACAAAUCUCAAUCCGUUUUCUACAACCCGAUACAACAAUACAAUCGCGACCUUAGUGUCCUUGCUAUCAAAGCAUUCGGAGACGACUUGGCCGCUAUUCGGAGAGCUCGACAUGAAAGAAGGAUAGAAAAAAUAGCUCAUGACAAACAGCGAGGACAGAAGAGGAAGAGGCCGCAAGCUGAAGGUUCAAAAGACGAGGAGGAGCCUGUGGCUACUAGGAACAAGAGUGAUGAGGGCAAAGUUCCUAUAAAUGAUGCGGUGGGAGGAGACUCGGCGGUAGAGAGGGCAAGUACAGAGCACGAAGCCCCACUCACAGAGGCUGAUGGGGAUGCUCAAGGAGAACAGAAGUGGCCUUGGGAGGUACACGACGACACAAAAGCAGGAGAUAAAACCACGAAGGGACACAUAACAGAUGGUGUUCCAACUGAGACUGGUGUAGGGAAGGGAGCCUAUACGCAUACUGCCCAACCCCCUUUUCGAAUUCUUGACGCUCUGUCCGCUACUGGUCUACGAGCUCUACGUUACGCCAAAGAGAUUCCUAUGGCCACUACAAUCACAGCCAACGAUCUUUCCUCCUCAGCAACAACCUCCAUCAAGCUCAACGCUGAGCACAACAAGCUCUCUGACAAAAUCAACCCUACAACAAGUGAUGCAAUAGAGCACAUGCAUCGAGCUGCUGCUCGUGCUGCAGGAGGCGCAAUGCACUACCAUGUCAUCGAUCUGGACCCAUAUGGCACAGCAGCUCCAUUCUUGGAUGCAGCAGUACGUGCUAUUGUCGAUGGCGGCCUUCUCUGUGUCACGUGUACCGAUGCUGGGGUCUUCGCCUCUCUUGGCUACCUUGAGAAAACGUACUCACAGUAUGGCGGCUUGUCUUUGAAAGGACCACACGCUCACGAAGGCGGUCUUCGUCUCAUCCUCCAGGCGAUCGCCACAUCAGCUGCAAGAUAUGGCCUCGCCAUCGAACCUCUCCUAUCUCUCUCAAUCGACUUCUACGCCCGGGUCUUUGUCCGUAUCCAUCAUUCACCGGUUCAAGUCAAGUUCCUCGCCAGCAAAACCAUGAUCGUUUAUAAUUGCGAUGCAGGCUGCGGAGCAUGGUCGGUCCAACACCUUGCCCGUACGCGCGAAAAGAAGGCCAAGAACGGAGAUACAUUCUAUAAUUUUAGUCCCGCAGUGGCCCCGUCCACAAAUACGCAUUGUGAGCAUUGCGGAUUCAAAACGCACCAGGCUGGACCAAUGUGGGGUGGUCCCCUUCACAAUUCUCAUUUCAUUCAACGCAUCCUAGACAUGCUCCCAGCCCUUGACAAGUCCAUCUACGGCACAAUCCCUCGCAUCCAAGGAAUGCUUUCAGUCGCGCUCAACGAGACCCUCGAAGACCCUCUCUCGUCGUCCGCUGCCGAGCCUGGCGCCUCAUCCGAAGCAUCGACUGGACCCAUACCUCCUACUAAUUCCGCGACUCGUGCUCAGCAUCCAUUCUUCUUCCUUCCCUCCGCUCUCUCUCGCAUUCUUCACUGCGUCUCGCCAUCCGACGCCGCCAUUCGUGGUGCCCUCAUAGGCCUUGGCUACCGUACUACGCGCUCACAUACCAAAGCCGGUAGUAUCUGCACUGAUGCACCCUGGAGCGUUAUCUGGGAGGUCAUGAGGGAAUGGGUCAGGCAGAUGAGCCCAAUCAAAGAGGGAGUGCUUAAAAAUGGAAUGGCAGGAUGGGCAAUCAUGAAAAAAGAUAGAGGGAGCGCGAAGCUAAUGGAUGCGAAGAACGAGCUGCGGCAAGCACUGGAGAAUGACGCCAUUACCGAUGUGGUAGGAUUGAAGAAAGAGGUGGAAGCCGCCCUAUACCGGCUGUCCAAGCCAGAGGAACCGAGCAAGGAGUGGGAGGACCCUCGUGGCGACGAAGAUGGAAGAGUGGAAUUGCAGAGUACUAAUGCUGCGGGAGCAGGGGAAAUUGGGGCUGUGCUUAAUCCUGAAGCCGAAAACCGUGAAGACGGCCCAAGAGAUAAAUCUCUACAUCCAAGCAAGCUCAAAAUCGUGUUCGACGAAAAGCUAGGAAGGGAACCGCAAAGGAAUCGCAUGGUCAGAUAUCAGCUCAAUCCAAAGCCGGAUUGGGGCCCUAUGAAUAGGGCGAGGGGUGAUCCCUAG